AUGGAUUCACAGGUUUUCCUAACUGUGUGGAUGCUAACAGCAGUUGGAACAUGCUUGUGUCAAAAUGAUCAAAUUCAACCUCUGAAUGGAGCAGUAGGAGGGAUUGUGGAGAUCCCACUCAACCCACCAUCUGUAACACCUCAAACAUUCAGCUGGAGUUUUGGAUCUGUAACGAUAUGCAAUGCCAUUGGUGAUGUAAUGGCUGUAAGUCCUAGUUAUGAGCAUAGAGCCUCUGUGGAUGGAACCACAGCUGCAUUGGUGCUAAGGGACCUGACUCUCAGUGACUCUGGGGAGUACACUCUGACCCUUAGGGUUAACGGUGUGGAGAGCAGUCCAGCAACAACACUGACAGUAUUUGAAAAUGUAUCUGAUCCUGCCAUAACAAUCUCUGGUAGUCCUGAUCUUGAUCCCCUGGUAGCUGGUAAAAGUUCUGUGAGCUUAACCUGUGAGGCCAAGGGCUCCAUCACCACCAGGAAGUGGAUGAAGAAUGGAGGAACUCUGUCUGCAGAACCAGACAGAGUCAUCAUCAGUGAGGACAACAGAACUGUGUCCAUCUGCCCAGUACAGAAAGAAGACAUAGGAGAGUACAAGUGCCAAGUCAGCAACCCCGUCAGUAAUGUAGAGGCCUCUAGAAUACUGAAAGUUAACUAUGGACCAGGGGCUGUUUUCAUUAAGGGAGAAGGCCAUGAAGGAGUAGUAGAGUUUGGCCAUCAGAUCCAUUUGAGCUGCUCUGCUGAGUCUGUUCCUGACUGCACCUACACCUGGACAUUAAAUGGGACACAUGAAAUAGUAACUGGACCCUCAUACAUUAAAGAGAACAGUACCUAUGAAGACAGUGGAAUAUACACCUGCACUGCUUCAAACAGCAUCACUGCAGGAACAAAGAAGGGAGAUUUUGGACUAUCAGUUAAAGGUUUGAGCUUGAAAUGGAGAAGACAAAUACAGCUUCAAGUGACUUCUUCAUAG